AUGGAGAACAUCUGUUCUGAAGUCGCUGACUUCGAGAAGGCGUACCACGUCAUCAUCGGCAAGCCCGCGUUGGUGAAGUUCAUGGCGGUCCCGCACUACACCUACCUUAUGGUUAAGAUGCCCGGGCCACAUGGUGUCAUCACCCUGCGCAGCGACAUCAAACAGGCCUUCAGCUGCGAAACAGAGAGCUGCGAGAUUGCACAACCGGCUGAAGAACAAGCUGGCCGGGAGCAGAUACGCGAAGCCUCGACUUGCAAGACGGAGGACGAUGAUCUACCAUCUAAAAAGGUGGCAAAAAUCACCUCCAACGAGAAGAAGCAGAUCGCCCUCGACCCCACCGACUCGUCUAAAUUUACUUUCAUAGGAACUCAAUUAGAUUCCAAAUAG